AUGAAAACUUUUAACGCAAAUGCCAACGUGAUGGACAUGUUUGAAACUGGAAAUGUCUUAAAAAUCUGUGCCCCUAUGGUUAGAUAUUCAAAAUUAGCUUUCAGAUCUUUGGUGAGGAAAUACAACUGUGAUCUCUGCUAUACGCCAAUGAUAGUUGCUGCUGAUUUUAUGAGGUCAGAGAAAGCCCGAGAUAGUGAAUUUACCACAUGCAAAGGAGAUCGACCACUGAUCGUUCAAUUCGCCGCAAAUGACGCCCAGACACUCGCAGAUGCCGCUUCUGUUGUUGCACCAUUUUCAGAUGGAGUUGAUCUAAAUUGUGGCUGCCCCCAAAGAUGGGCCAUGUCCUCUGGCUAUGGUGCAUGCCUCAUCAACAAACCUGAACUUGUGAAAGACAUGGUUCGAACAGUCAGAGAUCAAGUGGAUGAACCAAACUACUCUGUGUCCAUUAAAAUACGGAUUCAUGAUGAUAUCAGGAAAACCGUGGAUUUGUGCCAGAAAGCAGAAUCAGCUGGUGUCUCUUGGAUCACGGUUCACGGACGAACAGCCCAGGAACGCCACCAGCCCGUUCACUAUGACGGCAUAAAGACCAUAAAAGACUGUGUCAACAUCCCAGUCAUCGCAAAUGGGGACAUAAAGUACCUGAAGGACGUGGAAACUAUACAUAAGCUCACUGGUGUUGAUGGAGUGAUGUCUGCAAGAGGGUUGCUCGCAAAUCCUGCCAUGUUUUCCGGUUUUGAGGACACACCUUUGCACGGCGACAACCUUCCAUUCAUCAUGUCUCUGCAAUGGACUGCUGUGGCCUUCUUUUUGUAUGUCGAGAUGGGUAUUCUGCUCAUCCUUUGUAUACCUUUCAUCUCACCAAAGAGGUGGACACGCAUUUUCAAUUGCAGACUAUGGAGCUACGUGUCAAGAUUUUGGAACAAAGUCUUUCUCACCAUGAUAAUCAUCCUCAUAGUUCUCUUUUUUGAUGCUGUGCGAGAGGUGAGAAAAUACUCGACUAAAAACGCGGGUACGGACGCCAAGCUGCAACCAAACAUGUACGACCACCUCCACAUGAAACUGUUCAGAGCCCAGCGGAACCUCUACAUAUCUGGCUUCGCUGUCUUUCUGUGGCUGGUGAUGAAGCGUGUGAUCACCAUGAUAAGCCAACUGGCAUCCAUGUCUGACACCACAGCUGCUCUCCAGGCAACUGCCGACGGUGCAAACCAAGCUUCCAAGAAAUGCAUGGAGGACAACGAGCGUCUGAAGCAGGCUCUAAUGGAAGGAAGCAGCGACAAAGCUACAGCUGAAGGAAUGCAGCUGUUGCGCGAAGAAGUGAAGAAACUGAAAGACGGAUUGAAGGCCUCUGAUGAAACGCUUGCAAAGUCCCAUUCUGAGGCUGAUGUGAUGAAGAAGCAAAUGGAGGGUCUGACCAGAGAGUACGAUCGGCUGCUGAGAGAACACCAGGAGCUCCAGAAUCGUGAAAGUACAGAAGACAAGAAGUCUGCCUAA